AUGGUCCAUGACAAGCUGUCAGUAUGCUCAGCUUUGUUUAUGAAUUUUAUUGUGAACAACAUCACAUCUCUCAUCCAAGCUCGACUACAGAUUUUCCUGACCCAGGUCUCGUUAGAACGCCAAAUGCGACUUUCGAGGGGCUUGUCACGCCUUGAUAACUAUAUCUACCCUGUGAACCAUUCUUCUUUUAGACAUGGUGUCUAUCGGUAUGGCCCAGGAAAGAAUCCGGCUUGUCAAGCAACAGCUGCCCGGCCGGGCUACUUCGAAAAAGGUGAACUCAAAUGUUCGGCAAUUGUUCAUCUCGUCCUAAUGUUCUGUGAACAGCUGACCGUCCGUCUGACCGAGGGAAAUGCCAUGGAGGUGCAUGCUUUACCCCGUAGCAAGGCACUAUGA